ACCACCCCGCUACGGAGCGGCUCAGCGGCGACCCAAGGUUGCUUCCGCACGAGCCUAAAAUGCUUAGCAUGGCAUCCACAGCUCUCCCCACUGCCGCUUGACGUGUUUCAUCAGCGCGCUCCGGAGCGCCAAGCACGCGGGCCGCAGCACGUGAAACACACCAGCCGUAUCCUUCCUCGUUGCCUCUGCAUGCCAGGCAGGUGCGCCGCAGCUCUUCGCAGGUCUGUGGGUGCCACGUGUCGACCAGCAGCAGUAUCGCCAGCUGGACGACGGCUCGAAUGGCCUCGGAUAAUGCCACUGCUGGAGGGGGAAAGUUGGAGGAGGGGGGGAAGUUCUCCCUGCCAGCUGCGCCCAAUGGUGACUCGAAUGUCCUUUCCCUCUCGUCGCGCGCCGCGUGCUGCUGUGCGAGGCGCGCAAAUCCCGCCUCCUCGAAAUGCCGCCUCGCACCCCUGCUCGCGCCCUGGCGCCCGCCCCUGACCGUCGCGCUCCCCUAUCUCUGGCGAAUCCCCCCACCGAGUCGCAUAUUCGUUGCGGCACCACAAUUUCUGUCCCAGUUACCUCCUCCUCUUCCUCCUCCUCCUCAUCCCCCUCCCCCCCCUCCCCCUCCUCCCAGCCUCCUCCGACACUCUCCUCGUAACUCGUGCGCUCUCACCGUCUCAGGCUCCGAGCGAGCGCAAGCGACCUUGCCUGGGUAACCUGCGAGAUCUCCUACGCUGCGGUGCGGCACCGAGUACUAUUUUAGACCGUACGCGACGUCUCUCUUUUCCGCGCCUUUUUUUUGCGAGUAUCAUGUCGCACUCGAAGCAUGGCUGACGUCAUCGUCUCUAGGCCUUUAGGAACCGAGCUCGCUCGACGUGCCGCUGACGAUACCGGGCGCGAGAAAGCCGCAGUCCCUGCUGCUACGAUUACUACUAGUAGUAGUACUGGCGCUUCUAGUACUCCGGGUACUUCCGUCACGGGCGGCGAAGCUUUGACGAGUCAACGCCCCGCCAAGCUAACCGCGGUAGACCUGUCUGCGGAGCUGCCCGCUGCGGAGAGGCCCGUGGGCGGAAGCGCCAGCGCGGGGACGGGUCCGCGGAAGCCGCAUCAGCCGCUUUUCCCGCCGGCCUCCAUGCUCCAGCAGCAGCCGCAGCAGGCGCCCGCGGCCGCGGAGCGGGAGCGGGGCGUAGAGGGCGCGGAGGGGCGCGCCCUCCGCGGGGGAGGCGCAGUGGCGGAACCGGAGCAGUCCGCGGAGAUGGAGGCAGCGGCGGCUGAGGGGAGGGGGCCCCUGGCAGUGUCGUCAGUGGAAGAGCGGAAGGAGAUUGCGCAGGGGGAGGGCAAGAAGCAACGAUUUCCUGAAAUGGUGGCCCGGUUCUUUGGUGCUACAGGGAGGACCAGCUGGCGCAGGAGCACAGGAGACAGGGGCGCUGCCAGGGAACCCGCAGGGGAGGCUGCAGCAGCAGAGGGUGGUGCGCGGGCUGCAAGAGGCAGGGCGUCGGAAGGAGGGGGGGGGAGCGCAGCUGCCAUGGGGGCUUCCGCCGCCCCUGGGGUGGGGGAGCAGAGGACAGCUGCGGAAGGUGCGGUGGGUGGGGGGGUGGGUGAGGGGGUGAGAGCGAGGGAGCAGAGGUUGCAGGAGAGGGGCAUGGGCGAGGGGCCUGCUGGUGCUCCUGCUGGUGCUACUGGCGUUUCUGGCGCGGGGGCAACAGGCUCUGCUGCAGCCGGUACGGCGGUUGGUCCUGCUCCCACUGGGCUCCCCACCAAGGCGGAAGCAACAGCGGUGGCAUCAGCCCUUGAGCAGGCAGUGCGCGCUGGGAAGAGCGAAGAGCAGGCAGCUGCAGAUGCUGCCGCUGCAGCGACUGCUGCUGUUGCUGGUGCUACAACUGGGGAAGGUGGUGCUGGGGGGGGUCUUGCUACUGCUUCUGCUACUUCCGGUCCUGCUGCAGCGCGUUCCACUGGGCCUGUUAAAGGUCUUGCUACAGGACCUUCUGCUACAGGCCGUGCUACAGGUGCUGCUGCUGGUUCUUCUGCUGUUCCUGCUACUACUACUGCUACUGCUGCUGCUGCGGCUCCAAUAACCCCUGAAGCAGCAGCUGCAGCGUCUGCCAUCCAUUGGGCAGUGCAAGCUGGGCGGAGUGAAAAGCAGGCAGCUGCUGAUGCUGCUGCUGCAGCAGCAAGAGAGCUGGGGCAGGGUCAAGAGGGGGAGGGGGAAGGGAGGGAGAUGGAAGAAAGGGAGAUGGAAAGGAGGGGGGGUGAGGAGGGGCCAUCAGCAGCGGCGGAGGGUGGGAGAGUGAAGCAGCUCGUGAGGAGCUUCGAUGGGCCGCCCAGGCUGCUACAGCCGCUACAGCCGCCGCAGGUGCAGACAAGGAUGCAUUCCCCAGGCCAGCAGCUGCAGCAGCGGCAAAUGCAGGAGUCACCUUCAGCAAUCAGCAAGCAGGCAUCGACUGGAGCAACGGCAGGAACCCCUCUAGCCUCAGGUACAGCAGCGGCUGGAGUUACAUCACCAGCACCAUCACCCGCACCAUCACCCUCAGCUCCAGCAGCGGUGCGAACACCAGCAGCAGCUGCAUCACUGGCAUCACCCGCAGCAGCAAGAGGGCCAGUAUCCCCAGGAACAGCAGCAGCAGCAGCAGCAGCAGCAGCAGCAGCAGCAGCAGGCGGGCCGGUGUCUCCGGUGUCUCCAGGAGGAGGGCAUGGGUCAGUGAUGGGGCGGCUCAAGUGGCUGGAGUGGCAGGUGGAAACCAUGCUCGCUGCGAGAGGUGCUCCUGAGGAGGGUGCCGGGAAGGCCUCUGCUGCAACGCCAGGUGCUUCAGGUGUUUCAGAUCUUUCAGGUGUUUCAGGUGUAUCUGGCAUGCCAGGUGUUUCGGAGGUGGGUGGUGGAGGGAAGAGGAAGAGGGUGGUUGCGCCUGCUUUAAUAAAUGCUGGAGAGGGGGUGCUGCCGCUGGAGACCCCAAGGAAAUCUCUGCUGGAAGAGGGGCGAGGAGGGGAAGCGGUUACAGAGGGAGGGAUGGUGAGUGGAGGAGAGGCAGUUGAGGGAGGGGAGGAUGGAGGAGUGCUGCCAUUAGUGGUGGUGGAGAGGGAGAUUGAGCAGCGGGGAUCCAUCCUGGACCGCAUUGCACACCUGGAAACCACACUCAACUCCCUUGCUGCUGCUGGGAUCCCUGUUCCUGGCGAGCCCGCUCCUGCUGCUCCUGCUGCUGCUGCUGCUGCUGCUGAGACUCCUGCUUCCACUGCUGCCUAUCCAUCUCCUGCGCUUAAAGCGCCAGCAGGAGCAUGCACACCCCUAGGCGCAAGAGCAGUGGAAUAUGAGGCAGCACCAGAGGAAGCAGCAGCUCGCCCAGGAAGGCUGGGCUAUGCUGCUCCUUCAGCUGGCGAGCCGGGAGCAGGGGGGGGGACAGGGACAGAGGGGGGGGUAGCAGGGAGAGGGGCAGAGGCAGUGGCAGCGCCGCCGGCGAUGGCUGAAGCGGAGGAGGAAGAGGAGCGGGUUGGGGGAGGGGAGGACGUGGGGGGAUUGCGAGACGAGAGGGAGAGGGCUGCAGUGUCGUUGGGACGAGCAGGGGGUGUGAAGGAGGGUGCUUUGGCAGGUGGGAUUGAAUCUGUAGGUGCUCCUGGUGCGGGUGGUACUGCUGCUGCUGGUGCGGCUCCUGUGUCCGUUUCUGCUCCUCCCGAAGCCACUGCACGAUUGGCAGCAGCAGUACCCUCUGCUGCAAUGACUGCUCCCUCUGCUGGGCCGUCCAGGCCCUCUGCUGUGACACCUGAGGCACCACCUGGUGGGGCACUUGAGGCAGCACCUGGUGGGGCACCUGAGGCAGCACCUGGUGGGGCACCUGAGGCAGCACCUGGUGGGGCACUUGAGGCACCACCUGGUGGGGCACUUGAGGCAGCACCUGAAACAGCACCUGAGGCGGGAAGUGGGACAGCACCUGGGGCACCUGGGGAGGCAGCUGAGAAGGCGCUAGCAGCACAUGCAGCGGAGGCAGCUUUAGCUAAGGCUCCAGAAGGGGAGAGAGCGGAGGAAACGGCAGAGGUUACUGCUGCUGCUGCUGCUGCGGCUGGCGCCGUGAGAGCAGCACAAGGGGCGGGCGGCGGCGAGGGUGGGGUGAAGCCUGCAACUGAGAAACCUCCGAUAAAGGAGGUGACGGCGGAGGAAGGGCAGAAGAAUCGUCGCCGCUACCGCCGCAAGAGGAAGACUGAAGGCGGUGGCAAGAGCAAAUGCAAGAUCAUGUGAUUGAUUAGGCAGAUGAGGCAACCCUUAUGCAUUACCUUGUGGGGGGGUGGUUGAUAGGUGGUUCUCUUUGUUAGUUUCUCUGAUGACCUAGUGAACUUUUCUGAGACCACCUCUCUUGCUGUUCCUUCAGAAAACACGACUUGAUG